UUUCCGAGUUCUCAAACAAGCUUAAAAUCCAAACUCUUCCCCAAAUGCAGAGUCCUUCCCGCUCUCUUUUCUUCAUGUUGCCUACUUUUGACCGUGGUUUAGCAGUGCAUGGGCGGUGGUCAGACUCACUCGGACCCGCCGGAAAAGGAAGAGGAUGAGCGACAGUCGUCGCUUCCUGCGGUGGUUGGUUUGCGGCUAGAUGCUCCUAUAUUACUCCUGUUUUACUUCCAUAUGGCUAUACGCGCGGAGCUUGCUGAGCUCCGGCGUCUGGCGGUUGCCGCCGCUGAGUAUGGGAAGAGUGGUUCACACUCGCGUGAAUUCGCGGUUGAGCUGCUUAGAAGGUUCGAGUUUCUUAAGCUAGUUUGUAAAUAUCACAGCGCUGCUGAAGACUAGGUCGUCUUUCUAGCUCUGGAUGCACAUGUUAAAAACGUGGCUUGCACAAACUCGCUGGAGCAUGAAAGCAUAGACCAUAGCUUCGAUUCUGUUUUCCAUUGCUUAAACGCAUUGGAGGGAAGUGAAAAUACCUCUAAAUCACUGCAAGAUCUUGUAUUUUGCAUUGGCACCACUCAAUCUUCUAUUUGCAAGCAUAUGUUGAAAGAAGAAAAGCAGGUUUUUCCUCUGCUAGUUAAACAGUUUUCUUUCCAAGAACAAGCUUAUCUGGUGUGGCAGUUCCUUGGUAGCAUUCCUGUAAUUCUGCUGCAGGAUUUUCUACCAUGGAUGGUCUCCUUUUUUCCUCCGGAGGAGCAAGAAGAAAUUAAAAAAUUUAUAAAAAAUAUUGUACUAAAGGAAAAGUCAUUGCAGGAGGUGGUAGUAUCCUGGUUAGAUAAGAAACACCAGGAGGUUUUCGAGUUUCACACUGAGCUUGCAAAAGGAGUUGGACCUCUUGAUGGACCCAUCUUUAUCAAAAGCAAAUCCAAAUUCCAUUUAAUCAAGAAGCCUCUUGGAUGGAUGAAAGUGCAUUGUUUCCCAACAAAGAUUGGGAAUAGUCCAAUUGAUUGUCUUCUUCUCUGGCAAGGAACCAUUCAAAGAGAUUUGAAAGAAAUUUGAGCAGAGCUGUAUCAAAUAAAAGAAUCAAGCUGCUUUCAAAAUCUUGAUUUGACUAUACUCCGAAUGAAAUUCCUUGCUGAUAUCUUAAUCUUGUACAGCAAUGCCUUGGAGAAGCUCUUUUACCCUGUCUUCGUUGAUGUUUGCAACAUUCAGCUGUCUCUGCCCACACAAGAUCUCUAUAUCGUGAGUCAUAUUGAACAUUUACUGUAUUUGCUGCAUCGCAAUAAUCAAAAGAGGAUGCCGGAAAAGGAGUUUGUGGGGGAGCUGUGCCAGAAACUAGUGUCCUUGGUGAUGAACAUUGACAAAAAGUUUAGUUUACAAGAAAAUGAGUUAUUCCCUGUCAUUGGCAAGAACUGCAGUAAAGAAAUGCAGCAGCAGCUUCUUUACUUAAGUCUCCAGGUGGUGCCACUUGGAUUGCUAAAAUGUGUGAUCACCUGGUUUGCUGCUCAUUUAUCUGAGGAAGAAUCUCGGUCCAUCCUGCAGAAUAUAAAGCAGGGAAAUUCUUUGACCAAUAAAUCUUUUGCUACCCUUUUAUUGGAGUGGUUCCAUAGAGGUUACUCAGGAAAAAUCUCAGUUGAAAAUUUUAAGAGGGACUUGGAGAAAUUGUUCAGCUGCAGAUGCUCUUUCCUUCCUGUGUCAAUUGAGGAGGAGGCUGAAUCUUGUUCCUUUCUUUCCGAUAUGUCUCUUGGUAAAGGAUCUAAAUCUCAGCUUAUUAAACCAGUCUUUGUUAACAAAGGAAAGAAGGAUUUCCCUUUUUCUUCAGCCAGCUCCCAUGGCAUUAAGCACAUUGUGACAUCAUACUGCAGCGCAAUCAAUCUGCAUAUAUUUUCCCCCAAAAUGACGAAGGAUUUAUAUUCUUCUUCAUACUUAUCUGUUGAGAAGAAUUGUGUUGAUUGUGCCGUUGGUGAACCGGUACCGCUGGAUUUGAUUUUCUUCUUUCAUAAGGCUUUAAAGAAAGAUUUAGAUUACCUUGUCCUUGGUUCAGCUCUGCUGGCUGAAAAUGCUUGGUUUCUCCCUGAGUUCCACCAACGCUUCCAUUUGAUACACUUCUUAUAUCAGAUCCACAGUGAUGCAGAGGAUGAGGUAGCUUUUCCAGCUUUGGAAGCAAAGGGAAAACACAGAAACAUCAGCCACUCUUACUCGCUAGACCAUAAAAUAGAAGCUGAAAACUUCAGCAAAAUAUCCUUCAUUUUGGAUGAGAUAUAUGAACUGCAACUUGGAUAUUCUAGUGGUGAACCAAUGACACUGGACUGGGUAGUAAAGCACCAGAAGCUGUGUAUUGAUCUCCAAGAUGCAUGCAAAUCUAUGCAUAAGUUUCUCUUUGAUCAUGUGUACCGUGAAGAAGUUGAACUUUGGCCCUUAUUUGGAGAAUGCUUCACCCUCAAGGAGCAAGAAAGGAUCAUAGGAAGCAUGCUUGGAAGAACAGGAGCUGAAAUAUUACAAGAUAUGAUACCCUGGCUUAUGGCAUCUUUGACUCCAGAUGAGCAGCAAACUGUUAUGUCGUUAUGGCACAAUGCCACCAGAAAUACAAUGUUUGAUGAAUGGUUUGGAGAAUGGUGGGAAGGACAUAAAAUAGCCAAGGACACAGGGAAUUCAACUGUUCCUUCAUGGAGCGCAGAUCCUUUGGAGAUUAUCUCAACAUAUUUUCCAGAAGUCUUUGACAAAAAAGAAGCCAUUUGUGACAUUUUAUUAGGAACUAAUUCGAAUGGUGCUGAGAUUGAUCUGUUAGGAUUGUCCAACAUAGAUGAUAAAGUAAGGGCGUCUAAAGGUGAUGAAAACUGUUCUGAAUGUUCAGGACUGCUUAGUAGGAACAAUGACAAGCGAUGCAAUGAAGCAGGUGAUCCGAUGGGCAGGACUAAUGAACCAGAUCAAAAGUUUCAAGUGACUCAGAAUACUGGGAAAUGCAAGCAACUAGAGAAUAUGAGUCAAGAAGAUCUAGAGGCUGCCAUAAGAAGGACGUCCUCUGACACAUCCUUAGAUCCUAAAAGGAAAUCAUAUGUGAUGCAGAAUUUGCUGAUGAGUCGUUGGAUUCUAAAAUCAAGUAAUGGAGAAGGAAUUCCAGGUCAGCAUCCAUCUUAUCGAGACCCUCUGGAACUAGCUUUUGGUUGUAAGCACUACAAGAGGAACUGUAAACUUUUUGCUCCUUGUUGCAACCAGCUUCAUACAUGCAUUCAUUGCCAUAAUGAGGUGGCUGAUCAUAAAUUGGAUAGAAAAUCUGUCACAAAAAUGAUGUGCAUGAAAUGCUUGGUAAUUCAGCCAAUUGCAUUAACAUGCUUAACGGUCUGCCAUAAUCUAUCAAUGGGAAAAUAUUAUUGCAAAAUCUGCAAGUUAUUCGAUGAUGAAAGGCAAAUUUAUCACUGCCCCUACUGUAACCUCUGCCGAGUCGGGAAGGGAUUGGGUGUGGACUAUUUUCACUUCAUGAACUGCAAUGCCUGCAUUUCACGAUCUCUGUCAGUGCAUACAUGCAGAGAAAAAUCUUUUGAGGACAACUGUCCUGUUUGUCGUGAAGACUUCUUCAGCUCUACAGCUCCAGUAAAAGCAUUUCCAUGUGGACAUAUGAUGCACUCAGCUUGUUUUCAGGACUAUACUUGUAUGCACUACACCUGCCCAAUCUGUAGCAAGUCACUUGGGGACAUGCAGGUCUAUUUUAAGAUGCUGGAUGCAUUUUUGGCUGAAGAGAAAAUUCCAGACGACUAUCAUGGCCGAACUCAGGUAAUACUAUGCAAUGACUGUGAGAAAAAAGGAACAGCUCCCUUCCAUUGGAAGUAUCACAAAUGCUCAAACUGUGGUUCAUAUAACACAAGAGUUCUGUGAUUCUGCUAGCAUAUCUAAGGUCGGUCUAGUAUUUUCAUUUGGAAAAAAUAAUUCUACGAACCCCGCAUGCUUUCGUUAAAUAAAACCAAGAAACAGAUUCCUGUUAUCCAAGUGUUUUUUCAAGUGAUGUUUUCCCAUUAAACUGUAUGCAAUGAUUCUGCUUUUAAAAGUGCCCGUACUAGCUAAGUGGGACAAUGGAUUUGAUGCUCUGUGUUA